CGUGAGGAACCUGCAGUGACCGCACAGUAGACUUCAUAAAGAAGGGGGGGAACCCUCGACGCACCGAUGACACAGGAGCGACACUCGGACAGACACAAUGUCCCACAAUAAGUCUUCAUUGACGCCAGCUGCUGUGGAGAACCUGCGGAGAAGAUCCGCGGCGGAUUCAGAGAACUCUGUAGAUCCUGAACAGCAUCCCCAGUUUCCACGGCGACAGUGGCAAACUGAUUUGCUCUGCGUUGGCCCCCAGCAUCCGGAUCUAGGCGCAGCGGAGACGCCCUCCCCGGCUGCUUCUGCCCACCAAUUCUGUCACUACACACCGAAAUGUUUCCUCACCGUCCACAGAGGAGGACUCGGUACCUCACAAUCUACUCCCUCUCGCUAUGGAGAGGAGGUUUGGGAUGAGGGCACCACAAAGACUACAAUCAGAGCUGAGAAUGAGGUGGAGGCACACAGGGAGGCCAACAACUACAAGUUUGGCUUCAGAAAGUGGAAGGGCAAUGUAACGGAGAAGCCCAUUGAAGACCGAUCAGACAUCAUCAAAGAGCUCCACUCUGAUCUUAGCAUUGUUAAGCCUCAAGAAGGCUCAGUGGCCACCUUUGGGAACAUACUUUAUGUCAUUUUAUUUGGAUGGUGGAUAUCUUUAAUCUACCUCCUCAUUUGUCCUGUCAUGUUUCUAACAAUCGUCGGUGCCCCUUAUGGCAAACUUUGUUUAAUGAUGGCGUGGUACUUUAUUUGGCCAUUUGGGAAGUCGAUAGAGAAGGCUGAUGAUGUUAAGAGAUCUACUGCAAAGCCUCCAAAGUUUGAGGUCAUUCCUGAAGACAGUGAAGACAGUAGGGAAAAGGACACUGCGCCCCUUCUGAUGUCUUCCCCAAUCCCUGUUGUGAUCCCUGUCCCAGAACCACCAGCUAGAAGAACUUUGAGGCAUUGGUGUCGCAUCAGCACUUAUGUUUGGCUGUUGCUGGGCUACCCUGUCCUGACUGUGGUCCACUCCCUGGCCUGUUUGCUCUCCUGGCUGCCGGUCUUCACUAUACCUGUAGCCAAGAUGAACGCUCGCGCACUGACCAUCGUCCUGCUCAUGGAACCGGAGGACAUUCAGAUUCACAGACUGGAAAAGACGUUUGGGUGUGAGACCAGAGUCCUCUUGUGCUGUUAUCAUGCUUUCAAUGCAUAUUACUACAAAUACACUGUCCAAGGAAUCAACAUUUUUGCUCUCAACCUGCUCCCCCUGGUAUUUAUCACUCUCAUUAUUGGCUAUACUGACCGUGAACACCAUUUAUGCAGCGCAGAGACCAAGUUUGCCACAGCCAUCACCUCUAUCAUUCCCCUAUCCUACUAUAUUGGCAUGGGUAUUGCCAGCAUUUCUGCACAGAGUAACUUCGCAGUGGGAGCAGUGGUGAAUGCGACGUUUGGUUCCAUCUCGGAGAUGACCUUUUACAUCACAGCACUGCUGCACGGACACAAUGCAGGCACCAAAUGUUAUGAGGAGAUCGUUAAAGCAGCGCUCACUGGGACCUUGCUCGGGUGUAUACUGUUUGUACCUGGUAUCUGUAUGGUCAUUGGGGGCAUUAAGCACAGGGAGCAACGAUUCAACAGUCGGUCAGCCGGAGUGAGCUCAGCUUUACUCUUCAUAUCCGUUGGAGGUGUGUUCGCUCCCACCCUCUUCUCAAAGGCCUUCAGUAAUCUGGUGUGUGAGAGCUGCACCAACAUCCCAGGCAAUGGCAGUGUGCCCUUCGUCUGCAAAAAUUGUCACUACAACACGAGUCAAGCUGUCCCACAAUUGAUCCUGUCCCAUAUUGAGCCGCUGGUGUACACAAUCUCUGUGCUGCUGCCUGCUGCAUACCUGAUCGGCCUCAUCUUCACACUGAAAACCCACUCCCACAUCUAUGAUAUCCAUAUCAGCGAUGGUCAAGGGGGCCAUGCGCACGGUGUUAAGUACGCCCAUGAGGGUACCGGCAUCUACCACCCCACUGCAGCUCAUCAUGUAGUCCACUGGUCCCGGUGGAGGGCUCUUGGAGUGCUGAUUGCUGCCACAAUAUUGAUGGCCUGCUGCGCUGACCUCAGCACUCAGAACAUAGAGCCCAUCCUGACCCAUUCCUACAUCUCCCAGUACUUCAUCGGUGUCACCGUGUUGGCCAUGGUGCCAGAGCUUCCUGAGAUUGUCAAUGGGAUCCAAUUUGCACUGCAGAACAACAUCAGCCUGAGCCUUGAAGUGGGCAGUUGCAUUGCUGUACAGGUCUGCAUGAUUCAGAUCCCACUGCUCGUACUCUUCAAUGCCUUCUAUGAUGUUGGAUUCGUGCUUGUGUUCAGUGAUAUUCAUCUCUGGGCCAGCAUCUUCAGUGUCAUUCUGGUCAACUACAUCUUCAUGGAUGGAAAAUGUGACUACUUUCAGGGCACUGCUCUAGUGGUGGUCUACCUCAUCCUUUUGUCCCUUUACUUCUUUGCUCCUCCUCCGCCCUCUUGUUGACCUGCUUGGCUCCGAACAUGUUAAGCCACUACAGAAAUACACUUACUUCAUCUGCAGGUGCUGUGGAUUCAGUGGCACAAAACAUGGAAAGGGAUUUUGGAUUGAGUUUUGAGUUUUGAAAGUUGACAGCAGAGUUGUAGGCGUACAGCUGUCUGCUUCUUGUCAAUAUGUGAUGCUGAGCGGUGCUUUGCACACUUGAACACAUUCCCACUUCUGGCUGUCGUAAAAAUCUGUAACUUCAAUUUUUUUGCUCUUGCAUUUAUGUAAAUUGGUGGUAUUCAUUUAUGGUUCCAAUAUAUUGUAAUAAGUGGUUUAUACAGGACAUAAU